AUGCAGCCAACGGGGCGCCGGAACAAGCGUGUUAGCGUGCAAGACCCAGGUGUAAAGGAUGCAGAAUCCACCAUCGGUGGUGCCGUCAGCGGCACUGUGGUAUCGGGUGGAGGUGGUGAUGUGGCAUCCGUCAAUGCGGUCCCGGCGAUGAGCGAACAAACAAAACUGUUGUAUCUUAGCGUUUCCGCUGGUCGUGCUUUCCCAUAUGUGGCACAGUGGAUGCACAGCAAAGCGGAUGAAAUGGAGGGCACUGUGGCCCAACUCAGUCAAACGGCGCAGAAAACCACGAUGGCGGCUAUUGAUGCGAAACAUGAGGCUGUAAAAACGGCCCGCAAAGGUCACGAAAAGGGACGGGUGAAGCUGACGACGGAAUUGCAGAUGGUGCAGUCUGUGCGGGACCACCAGCGGAACGCGGGGGCUGCGUGGUUGGAAGCCUUCAGAGAGUCGGCAGAGGCGUGCGUAGCUGAGUUGUUAGAGAUGAAGAAGGAACUCCAUAAACGAUGGGCAGCCAUUGCAGAGUGGAUUGAGGGUGGCGGUCGAGAGGAAGUGCUGCAAAAGUUGACUGCACUGAGGGCCAGACACACCGUCCUGCAAAACCUUUCCGAGCGUGUGGUGGCACGUGAGGGGCUGAGGCGAGAACAGACCCUGCAACGUAUGCGCGAAACGAUGGAUACAUUAGUCGGCGAGGUUAGUGAAGCUGUGACAUGGGACAUGCACCAAAGAUUGCACGGCUCCCGACCUGUGUUUAGCAGCUCAAAUCAGCGGGGCGGUGCAGUGACAGCAAGUGAAGGUGACGAUGAUUACGCUUGGCUCGCUGAGACUGAAGAUGAGCGGAUAGUGCGACUGGAGGAGGCCAAGCUUUCACGGCAGCUUCUGAUCAUGCGGCGGGAGAAGUUUGAAAGGAAGCGGUUGCAGCAAGAGAAGCGACAGCAGCGGCUGCGGAUCAAGAUAAGAGCAGAUGAGAACGAAGAAGUUGAAGAUACACUAGAGAGAGGAGACGGGUGCGUGAGCGCCGCAACGCCCAACGUAAGUGAGCAAAAAGUUCCCCGUAUCGAUAUGCUGCCUGCUGUGAGGCCUCAGUCGGCAUCCAGCAGCACGGCUCUCCCUCGGGAGAAAAAGUUACUGACCUCUGCGGCCCGUCAUGGAGGCGGCAGCCCAUCACCUCUUUUGCCUCAACUACCCACGCAAAGCAACAAUACGGAGACGAGGAACACAGCAUCAUUGGGUCGUCGAAUGGACGGCCCUCCAACGACGGAGGGCGGGGAUGGGGAGACUUCACGCCAUCUCCACCCAUCUGUGAGAAACCAGCCGUUUAUGUUUGGAGAAAGUUCAGCCAAAGAAACUAACAAUUCCUCGCCCUCACCGGUUCCGGCUGGCGUCACAGCAAGAGGGGAAACAGCCUCACCCAAGUGGCUCGACAAAGCGAAGAAACGACCAGGCCCGGAGGAUAGUGGUAACUACAAUGAGAACACCGGCAACAAGUACACUCCCACCCUUACGUCUAAAAAGUCUAGCCGAAGUCCCGUUCAGUAUACCUCUGGAGCACACUGCAUACUGAAGCAGAACGUAUCAAACAUCAAACGUCCGCCAAUUGUCCUUCCCCCAAGCAUAUCUGGCCGCGGCGUGAGUGAGCGCUACAACGCUGACCACAUCGCGACUCUCCUCUCAGCACUGAGUGAGGACAAGGCCCACUUUGCCGCUUCGAAAAGAAGCACACAGAAAGAGGUGCGUGAGCUUCAACAGAAGUUGCGGGCUCAACAAGAGGAGACUGCACGGUUGUUUGACAACAACGUGUCGCUAGAAAGGCAGCGGGCGCAACUACUGGCUCAACGCGAGGCUCAACUAAUUAAGUUGAGCGUUUGUAAGGAGAAGCAAGUAACUGAAGACGAGACGCGGAAUUUCGACACGGAGUUACUAAACGAGGGUCUGACGUGCACACUCGAUGUGGUGAAGCACUGUAUGAAGCAGCGUCUCGCAGAGAUUGCGCAGGUGCGCGAGGCCAUUGACGUGUUCAACGCUGGGAUCGCCGAGCGUGAGCGAAAACUUCAGAUUGUUAGGGAGUACUGGCGACGCAACUCCAAGGCCUUUGCACAAUCUGAGCAAAGGCACUCCAUUCAGUUUGGUGGUGCCACGGGAAGUACUCUCUCUGGGUUAAGCAACACCGACGCCUCUUCUCCAGAUGCCCCGAGGAGCGUGGCCGCCUCAUAUCGGGUCGGUCAUGUCCCCGGAGUGCAACUUUCGCCCAAGUGGACACCUGCUCACCGGCGAAGUACUGUCAGUUACGCCGCAAGUGUCAGCCCUUCUUUGGUAUCUGGGGGUGAUUGGGGAUCCACUGCUCAGAACGACAUUCCCGCACUCGGAUUGUGUGGCUUCGACGUUGUGUCACGUUUCAUACAAGAUAUUUUUGAUGAGAUCCCCUUAUCAGAUGUUCCUGAGAGGCUCUUCAUUGGGCACACGCGAUAG